AUGCAGUUUGCAGCUGCCUGGUGCAUUUUGGCUGCAUCAGUUGCUUUCGCGGCCAAGACACAGCCUGCUUUGAAGGCCUUGGUGCAAGAUCAUGUGAAGCCCAAGGACUUGUCUGAGGAAGAGGUCGUGGAGGGCGCUCUUGGAGGGAAUGUGUCAAUCGAAAGCCUUGUCAUCACUGACAAGAAUUCAUCUGGAGCCAACACAACGGGUGUGGAAUUGGUGCCUGCUGAGCGCUCUGGCACACUGGCUUCGGCCCCAGCCCCGCUAGGUCUUGAUAUGGCUCCGGCUCCAGCACCAGCUGCACCACCGCUGGCAGCGCCAGCUCCGGCUCCAGCUCCAGCUCCAGUCAUAGCCACUACCACAGCAGAGCCUGCACAAUCCAUUCUUUGGUCAUGGUUGCCUUCAUUUCUAUCGCCCAGUCAUUUGUGGGGUUUCAUCUUCGGAGCACCGCCUCGGCACACUCCAGCCACGUUGGCGCAGAUCAAAGACCUCGACAAAGCGGUUUUCGCACCUGCUCCAGUGAGACCGCCCAAAGAAGAUUCAACCUUUGCACCAGCUCCCCUGCUAAACUCUUCCAGCACCAUCUCCACCUUCCUGCAGCAGUUCAAACUGUCGCGGAAGGAUGAAGGAGAAUGGAGCUGGCUGCUGUGGCUGUGGCCAUUUCAAUCUGAUGAGCAUGCCCGACAGGAACCGGCGAUCGAGGAGCUUCGGGUUGGUGCUCUUGCUGGAGAUGUUACAGUGAAGU